GUGAGUGGAAUGAGAAAAGGGGGGACAGGGAGAGGGAAAGAGCAAGUGAGGGAGAGGGAACAGCUCUCUGUUUGUGGAGCAGAACAGGAUCAUGUUGUCAGGCAGUUGUGUAGUUUGGAUUGGAGCACUGCUCCUGGGGCUUGGGGCUCCGAUGACUAGGGCCAUUGAAUUCCAACACCACGGAUAUGAGGAGAUGGUGCGCACUCUGUACUCCAUCCAGAGCCAGUGCCCCUACAUCGCCCGCAUCUACAGCAUUGGUCGCAGUGUGGAGGGACGCCACCUUUAUGUCCUGGAGUUCAGCGACAAUCCAGGCAUCCACGAAGCAUUGGAGCCGGAGUUCAAGUACGUGGGAAAUAUGCAUGGGAACGAGGUGCUGGGCCGCGAGCUACUCCUCCACCUUUCUCAGUUCUUGUGUGACGAGUACCAAGCAGGGAACCAACGGAUUACAGAGCUCAUCCACAACACACGCAUUCACAUUCUGCCCUCCAUGAAUCCAGAUGGCUAUGAAGUGGCAGCUAGGCAGGGUCCGGAAUUCAAUGGUUACCUGGUGGGCCGUGGGAAUUCCAGAGAUGUGGACCUAAAUCGCAAUUUCCCUGACCUGAAUGCCCUCAUGUAUUACAAUGAGAAGAACAAUGGACAGAAUCACCAUUUGCCCCUUCCAGACAACUGGGAGCACCAGGUUGAACCAGAGACUCUUGCAGUCAUUAGAUGGAUGCAAAGUUAUAACUUUGUUCUAUCAGCAAAUUUGCAUGGAGGAGCAGUGGUGGCAAACUACCCUUUUGACAAAUCUAGAGAAGCCCGUAUAAGAGGCAGAUCUACAUAUUCUGCCACUCCAGAUGACAAGCUCUUCAGAAAUCUGGCAAAGACUUACUCCUAUGCUCAUAGCUGGAUGCAUAAAGGCUAUAACUGUGGAGACUACUUUGAGGAGGGGAUUACAAAUGGAGCCAGCUGGUACACUCUAUCCAAGGGCAUGCAGGACUUUAACUACCUAUACACUAACUGCUUUGAGAUCACUCUAGAGUUGAGCUGUGAUAAAUUCCCCCCAGCAAGCACUCUGGCCAGAGAAUGGCUGGCCAACAGGGAGGCUCUGGUGUCCUACCUGGAACAGGUUAACCAUGGCAUUAAAGGGAUGGUCUAUGAUGAGAAUAACAACCCCAUCAGCAAUGCAGUGAUCUCAGUGGCAGGCAUAAACCAUGACAUAACCAGUGGUGCAGAAGGAGAUUACUUCCGUCUGCUUUUGCCAGGAACCUACACUGUUACUGCCGUUGCACCAGGCUACCGGCCAUCCACCAGUACAGUGACAGUCGGACCUGCAGAGGCCACACAGUUACACUUCUAUUUGAAACCAGCACCAAAAGAGACAAACUUGAAUGCGAGGGACCAUCAAGAUAAGAAAAGCUUGUCAGCAGUCAAAGUUCCUCCAGCCAACCUCGGUCCAAGAUAAAAAAUAAAAAAAAGGGACACCUUCCUUGAAAAAAUUGGCAAAGGAAGUUUAGACUAUCAAUGUUACAAAUCACAUCACUGAAACAUACUUCCUCAGGCCUCAGUUUGUCCUGGAUCCUUAAAAGUAUGUUUUUAACAAGGAUAUUCUAUUGAAAUUAAUUCAUAUUCAUGUAACAUUUAAGAAAUGCAUGUAGUAAAUAAUGCCAGAUGCAUAGAAAGGAAUCAGCAUAUAAUUCAUAAAAUAUUUUAGAUAAUAAGGCAAUGUUAUGAGGUGUCACAAUUAUUGUACAUCAGCACUUAGAAUUUAAUAUUCUCCUUUGAUUAAGCAACAUCAAAAAAAAAAUUAAUUUAAGCAAGCAUAAUCAAAAGUAGCAAUGAAACGGGUCCUUAGUCAGUAUUGUCUUGAUAGGUUUGUGAUUACAUAUUACAACUUUAACAAAAAUUUAUAGUAGAUAUCACAGAUACAUUUAGCCUUUUAACAUGUAGUAAGACAGCAUCAAUAGGAUUACUGUAAAGCAAUGAAUAUUUACAGAACUGUAAAGUUCUUUUUUAUAUCCCGUGUAUUUCUGCUUUGAUCUCUGAUUAUAGGAUAUUAAUACUCUUUAUAUAUUUUAAAGGAAUUAAUUAGAUUAGAGUAAGAUGAAAAAUCCUAAAUACUAAUAAGAAAAAUUGUUAUUGUUAUUAUUUGAUUUGUUGAUUUGUUGUUGUAUAUUUGUACACCAGAGGUCACUGUUGUCCACUGUCAUAGUUCAAAGUCAUAAUUCAAGAAAAGAUUCUAAAACCCUAAACAUACAGUGAGCUACUUGUUCACCUAUAUAUUUAUAUUUAGCUAUGCAAUAGCCAGUGGGUUUUCAACUAUUUUCCUAUGGAUGACAAACAACCCAAAAAAGUAAUGUUUGACGUACAGGAAAAGGAAAAACUUGCUCCAGGAAUGUCCUGAACCCUGGACAUGUGCCCUACAACCAGACACUGCAGGAACAGGUCAUCAUAUGUGGACAAUAACACACACUCCUGUUUUCAGUGAAGCUAAGUAUAGUAAAAAAAAAAAAAAAAAAAAAAAAAAAAGGCACAUUUUUA